CAGGAAGAGAGUGAGUAAAAAACCCUGCUGUUAACAUUUAUUUGAACUGUGAACGUGCCAGAGGGACAAGACUCCUGAAGAAGUACCGGCCACUGUGAGGAGACUAGGACCAAGGACGUGGUACUUUACUAAGGUUGUGACUACAUUCUCCUGACACUUGGCAAGCAUGAGUUUCAGCAACCUUCUCUAUAGUAUUGGGGAAGAGUUGGGCAGUGAAGACCUGGCCUCCCUCAAGUUCCUGUGCAGUGACCAUAUCCCACAGAGGCAGCAGGAACCCAUCAAGGAUGCUUUAAUGUUAUUCCUGAGACUUCAGGAAAAGAGAAUGUUGGAGGAAGACGACAUAUUCUUCUUGAAGGAGCUGCUUUUCCAAAUUAAGAGAUUUGAUCUUUUGGUUAAAUACUUGGACACCGACCCAAGAGACGUGGAGGAGGAACUCCAGAUAUCGGACAAGGCUCAGAUCUCUGCCUACAGGGUUAUGCUUUUUCAGAUUUCAGAAGAAUUAAGCAAAAACGAAGUGAAGCAGUUUAAGUUUUUGUUGAGUGAGUUGAUUUCCAAAUGUAAACUGGAUGAAGACAUGAACUUGUUCGAUAUUUUCAUAGAGAUGGAAAAGAGGGACAUCCUUGGGAAAAACAACUUGGAAUAUUUGAAGGAAAUCCGUCACAUCAACAAGAGUGUGCUCAAGAAGAUCAGUGACUAUGAAAAAUCUACUGAAGAGGGGAAGAUGAGUCUUACAAGAACCCCAGAUCAGUUGGCCAAUGUACAUGUUUUUGUGUCUCAAAUGCUCACAGUUGAAAGGUCGCUGGAAUUGCUGACAAUAUCCGAUUCUUCAGGACAGCAGGGCAGUCAGCCACAGACAUCAUACCCUGUUUACCAAAUGAAGAGCAAACCUCGGGGAUUUUGUUUGAUCAUUAACAAUUACGAUUUUAGUGUGGCAAGAAAAAAUGUACGCAAACUUCGCCAGGUGAAGGACAGAAGUGGUACAGAUAUGGAUGCAGCGGAAUUGAACAAGAGCUUCAGUGAUCUUCAUUUUGAGGUAGUGACUUACAGAAACUGCGAAGCAGAGAAAAUCUGUGAGAUUUUGAAGGAAUUCCAAGGCAAGGACCAUAGUGAAAAGGACUGUUUCGUCUGCUGCAUCCUCUCUCAUGGAGAUAAAGGCAUUAUCUAUGGCUCUGAUGGGCAGGAAGUCUCUAUCUACACAGUGACCUCUUUCUUCACUGGUAAAGACUGUCCUUCCCUUCGAAACAAACCCAAAGUCUUUUUUAUUCAGGCUUGUCAAGGAGAGACAUACCAAAAAGGGGUAGCUAUUGAAAGUGACUCAAAUCAGCGGGAGCUGUGCUUAGACACGGACGCAUUGAACCACAAGUAUAUCCCAGAUGAAUCUGACUUUCUGCUGGGGAUGGCCACUGUGUACGACUGCGUUUCCUAUCGAGACCCCACAAAGGGGACAUGGUACAUCCAGUCGCUUUGCCGGCACCUUAGAGACGGAUGUUCUAGGGGUGACGAUAUUCUUACCAUCCUCACUAAAGUGAACAAUGAAGUGAGCACUAUGGAUGAUAUAAAAAAUAAUGGGAAACAGAUGCCACAACCUACAUUCACACUGAGAAAAAAACUCAUGUUCCCUCUGAAUUGAUGCUCUUGUUUUGUUGCCUAACACGAUGCUUAAUUUAUUUUCUACCAAGAGUCUGAUACUUGCCCUUUCAUUUUUCUGCUUGACAGAAGCAGGGAG